GUUGGAUUGAGGUUGACUCUCUCUCUCUCUCUCUCUCUCUCUCUCUCUCUCUCUCUACACAUUUUACUAUUACUUUUGUUUCAGCUUAUUCAUUACACUUUUUAAUACCAGCUAUAAAUGUACACACCUAUUCAUUUCAUUUUUUGCUUUAACUUUACUGUUUCUAUCUCUCUUUUUCUCUGUGUUUCCUCCAUUACAAACCAAGCUUCCUUUCCACCUUUCUUCAGGCCCCACAUUCAUCUUCCUCAACCACACUACACACUAUCCACCAACACCCUUUUCCCCACUUCUCUUCUUCUCCAUAAUCACCCCACUCUCUCUCUCUCUCUCUCUGCAUUUUUCCCUUAAAAAUAUCAUUUUUAUUGUCUGACAUUGCUUCAAAUUCUUAACUUUACCAUCUUACCCUUUUUUCUUAUUGACCCAUUUGAGUUCAUAAUCUCUUCUAGUUAAUACUCUGAAAAAAAUUGAAUCUUUUUGUGUUUUUUGUUCUGAUUUUUCUGCACCUAUAUAAGCUUAACGAGUCAUUUGGGUCUAAAAAACAAGACCCUUUUUGGUUUUAUAGGUGAUGAAGGAAGAAGAUCAAAGAGGGUAACUUAGAUCAACACAAAGAUGAGAAUGUCACUGCUAUAAGAAUUUGGAGUAUAAAGAUUGACUUGUAACAUUCAAUUAUGUCUUCCGACACUUCUAUGAAAGGGGAAUUGUCGAUGAAGACAUCGUUUUUGGGUUUGAGGUUAUGGGUUUUGAUAGGAUUAGGUGUUGGUGUAUUUAUAGUUUUGAUUCUUUGCUUAUUAUCUAUAUGGAUAAUGUUUCGGAGAAAAACAAGGAGAUCGGUUGACAAGUACUCUUCAUCGCAAAUACCACAUGUCUCAAAAGAUAUCAAAGUUGACAAGGUUGGUGUACAGCCGUCUCAUGAUCAAGUAGAGAGUGUGUCUAUUAAUGUUCAUGAUAACAUGGCAAGUGAUAAAAAUUCAGAUAAGUUGUUUGUUCAUUUGAGUAAAUCUAGCGAUCCUGAUAAUAUUAGUCAGUGUAGCUCGGUUUAUCACCAUGAGAGAGGAUUGAGUUCGAUGUCGGGAGAACACGGGAACUUUGGAACUGUUAAGAAGCAGUAUAUGGUAACUGCUUCUCCUCUUAUUGGAUUGCCCGAAGGUUCUCAUCUUGGAUGGGGCCAUUGGUUUACACUUAGAGAUCUUGAACUUUCAACUAACCGUUUCGCUGCUGGGAAUGUGAUCGGUGAGGGUGGAUAUGGAGUUGUUUAUAAGGGAAGGUUGAUCAAUGGAUCUGAGGUUGCAGUUAAGAAACUUCUUAACAAUUUGGGACAAGCAGAGAAAGAAUUCAGGGUUGAAGUCGACGCUAUAGGCCACGUCAGACAUAAACAUCUGGUGCGCUUACUUGGAUUUUGCAUAGAAGGAGUUCACAGGUUGCUUGUGUAUGAGUAUGUGAACAAUGGUAACUUAGAACAAUGGUUACAUGGUGCAAUGAGACAACAUGGAGUACUUACGUGGGAAGCUCGCAUGAAAGUUAUUCUAGGGACAGCAAAAGCGCUUGCUUACUUACAUGAAGCAAUAGAACCAAAAGUUGUUCACCGGGAUAUAAAGUCAAGCAACAUUUUAAUUGAUAGCGAGUUCAAUGCAAAGGUUUCUGAUUUUGGUUUAGCCAAACUUUUGGAUUCAAGCGAAAGUCACAUAACUACCAGAGUAAUGGGAACAUUUGGUUAUGUUGCACCCGAAUAUGCUAAUACCGGCUUGUUAAACGAGAAGAGUGACAUUUACAGUUUUGGUGUUCUCCUACUAGAAGCGGUCACCGGAAGGGACCCUGUAGACUAUACACGUCCUGCCAACGAGGUGAAUCUUGUUGAGUGGAUGAAGAUGAUGGUGGGGGCAAAGAGGAUCGAGGAAGUUGUGGACUCAAGCCUUGAAGCAAAACCACCAACUCGUGCCUUAAAGCGGUCCCUUCUUGUUGCGUUUAGGUGCGUUGAUCCUGAUUCUGAGAAGAGACCCAAAAUGAGUCAGGUUGUAAGGAUGCUUGAAGCUGAUGAAUAUCCAUUCAGAGAGGAUCGAAGGAAUAGAAGGAGCCGUACCGCCAGCAUGGAAAUUGAAUCUCUAAAGGAUAUCUCCGGUCCUUCAGAUAUCGAUAAGACGGCAAAAGGUUCUGAAGAAUCUGCACUUGAGAACCACAUGACUUAACCUUGUUGUUUAAUUUGGCUUUGGACUGAUUUCAGUAACCAAUCAAACACCACAUCACAAGUUUGUGUUGAGAAAAUUAUAUAAAAGAUAGCUCAAUUAGAUAAUGAAGGAUCAAUCACCAAAUUUGCAAGGAGAAUGGAGUCAGUGUUGGUUGGUGAGUGUUAGUUUUGUACAGAUGUCGCCUUGUGAGCCGAUCUCCUCAGAAUUACAUGAUUGCUAUUGUAUUUUUCUGAUGGAGAGAGUGGUGAUUAGAAGAAAAAAAAAAUUGGUGAAAAUUAGAUAUUUGGCUUCACUAUUCUUGGAUUUUUCUUUUAAGUUAUAUGUAUAUGCUACAAAAAGUAUUAAGUGAAGUUAUGAUUCUUCCUCACA